AUGGACGACUACGAGCUGGAGAGAGCGCGGGCAUGGGAUGAUUCCAUCCCGGACCCGCCUGAUGCAGAAGCACAAAACAAGUUCGAGUGGCAAGAUGUCGACAACUCGAAGAAGAAGAAGCGCGGGAAGCAACCAGUGCGACCUGUGCAGCGCGCUCCGAACACGCCGCAACCAACCGAUCAACCCCCUCGCACCUCUCGACCAGCACCUCCCGCCCCAGUUCCAUGGUCCGGAGGCGACACUAAUCGUCCUCGUUGGCCACAACGAGCUCCUCCUCGGGCCACCACGAGAUGGCGGCAACAACCCAAAGCGCAACCUGUCCUAAGACAGCGACAGCGACUUCAACCAAGGCCUCUCAUAGACCACGCUGAAAGCGAGGCCACCUUGCUGUGGCGUGACCGUAAGCCACCAGCUUGCACGGUCCGCAUCCCAGACUACAUUGUCUACUCGGAUCGCCUCCACAACCCAACGCCGACUUAUGAGAAGCUGGCGGCCGAGGUUGGCACUUUCAUCUACAGCGAAGAUUUUGGUAGCGGCAAUGCUACUCUCGAGUUCAAGAUCUGGGGCGACCCAUCCAAAGCAGCUGAGGCUAAACGUGCGGUCAUGACCUGGAUCGACAUCAAUGUCAAGGAUCAGAAAGCUCCAGGGUCAUCGAAGUUUCCCAGAGUCGUCUCACUUACUCCAAAAUUGAGAGAGAGGGCAGAGAGGAACUGGGCGAGGAGUUUGAAGCGCAAUACUUUCCGGCAAGCUCCCCCCUCGAACAUGCCGUUCGAAUGCAUUGGCAGCUUUCAUUGGCCCAUUGACGAGUUCCGUCCGGAGGAGACGUUCGGUAUAAGCCUCGAGGCCUUGGACCCUAUUAGAAUGGAUGCCAGUUGUUACGUCACCUUCGACCGCGAUCGACGUGCCUUUCAGGUCUAUGGCAAGGUCUCAGACGUACAGUCAGCCCUUUCCCGUCUCCGAAAGACCUUCUUCCAAUUUUGUGCUAGACAGAUCAGCCCUGUUCGUACAUAUCUCCACCACAGCUCUGCGGAAACCUUUACCCAUGUUUACCUGGAGGACUUUCACCUGGCCAAUAGCGAGACGCCGAAGAAGUCUCCCCGUGGUGAGGGGUGUCUCAAGGAUGAGAAGAAAUUGGACUCCGCUCAGGUCCAAGCCAAGCUCAAUAUCUCGCGCCUGCGUCUGACAAUGUCAAACGCGCUCCAUCAUCUUCACUACCUACGAGCCCAUCUGCAGCUGCGUCUUCGAUUGGGGAUGUUCUAUCUGGAAAGCUACCAAGAGCCGCACGGUGGAAUGUACGCGAUGAGUGAGUAUGAAAACAUGACGAGUGCGUCACAAUUCAGAGGCACCACCAGUGAAGAGCUCGGUGGCCGCUACAUCGAAGGCAGGCUCCUCAAAUUGGUCCAGAGUUGGAGCGCCAUGAUCUCUCCGCAAGAGGCUAUGGUCGAAGAUCUGUCUGAAGUGAGGCCCAGCUACUCCGUCGAAUUUGUCUUCGAUGAAGAGAGUAAAGGAGACAUCAAUCUGUCGAUGGUCUGGAAGGAGUCGGAUCUCGACGAGAGUGGCAAGUUGCAGUUCACGGAGCCGACCAAGCAGUGGACACGUCUCGAUCGAUUCGACGGUGGCGUGAACAAACUCAUCGACACAAGCCUGACGGACCUGAGCAGCGGUCUGGCCUGGCAAUUCGACCUAACAUCCGUUGGCCCCGAGGACGAAUCGAAGAUAUCUGUGGAAUACCGCUCGUUCCCGGACAGAGUCAGACUGGACCCUAGCGGUGUCUUGCUGCCCCUGUCCCAAAAGGCCUUCGUGAGAUACAACCCGUUCGCCAGACUGAAGUCCGUUCGGCAAAUCGUUAGAUACCACUACAUGAUCAUCGGCACCGACUACACACUGCAAAUCUCCAACAUCCAGGACCGCACCAUCAACUCGGACAAGACGGAGACGGUGCUCGAGCCACGCUGGAGCCUCGAGGUCUUCCGCGUGGAGUGGGACACGAUGUUUGGGAAGAACCACAGUCUAGGCAUCGGUACCAAGGCGGACUGGGACGAUGAUAUCGAGGAGUGGUUCCAGAAGGAUUGGGGUUCGGAGAAUGAUGGGUUCCAGAGUUUGAUGGAGAAGUUGCAGGAGAUUGAGAAGAGGGUGAGGGAUGCGGCUGCUGAGGAGGAUGAGGGAUCGAUGGACUGA